AUGGCGUUUGCUCAUUUGUCCAAGUGGAUGAGCUUUCAAACUGGGAACCCUUUUUUCCUCGCCUCCUGCUUGCACUUCGCCUCUUCUGUCUCCCCCUCCCCCUACUCCUGUCUCUACAUCACCUUAGGUGCCUCCUGCAUACACUGCUCACUUCAGAUUUCCCCACCGGUGUCGCAGGGACUUCCCUCCUGCCGCAUCGCACCGCAGGCGACGCCCAUCUCCCAGGUUCGCCAGAACUAGCACCCCGACUGCGAGGCCGCCGUCGACAGCCGGAUCAGCCUGGAGCUGUCCGCCUCCUACGUCUACCAGUCCAUGGCCUUCUCCUUCGACCGCGACGACGGGGCCCUGAGGAACUUGGCCCGCUUCUUCCAGCGCCAGGCCCGCGAGGAGACCCAGCACGCCGAGAUGCUCGUGGAGCUGCAGAACCGGCGCGGGGGCCGCAUCCGUCUGCGCGACGUCAAGAAGCCCGACCGCGACGCCUGGGAGAGCGGCCCGAGGGCCACGGAGUGCGCCCUGCACCUGGAGAAGCGCGUGAACCACAGCCUGCCUGCUCGACCUGACCUGCACCGGCUGGCCACCGACCAGAACGACGCCCAGCUCUGCGACUUCCUGGAGGCCCGCUCCCUCCGUGAGCGAGCGAGCGAGCGAGCGAGGCAAGGCCAUCCAAGAGCUCUGGGAGGCUACGGCACCAGCCUGCGCAGCGUGGGGGCCCCGGAAGCCGGCCCGGCUGAGUACCCGUUCGACAGGCUCACCCUGCGCCACAGCCACAAAGAGAACUGACCUGGCACGGACACCUCCCCCGGGCAGGGCCCAGGGCGACUUCCCCUGGGCGCCCCGCCGAGCGUGCAUGUUGCAGUAUUGCCUUGGCAGAACCUUCAGGUUUUUUUCUUCCAGUUCUGCCAUAAAUAAAUAAAUAAAUAAAUAAAUGAAUGAAUGAAUGAAUGAAUAAUAAAGU